GUGGUGUUUCAGGUCUAAAGGUGUCUUCACCGCGGGUUGCAGAGACUGAGUCACUGUGAAACCCCGUGUUUGUGAGUCUUGGGGUUCGUUCUCCGGGCGCGUAUAUAUAUUAAGUUGGUGAUGGAGGGUGACCCGUCGCCAGUGUUAUCAGUGACGGAUCCCGUUUCCGCCUUAUCGGUGCUUCAGGAGAUUGAGAAGGAUGCUCAUAGACUCGCGACGUCGGUGGAUGAACUCAUUGACGACAUGACGGGCACUCUGCAGAGCAUGUCCUCACUUACCGUGGAAUCUUUGAAGGGAUAUCGUGAAGCUGUGUAUUUGAGUUGCGGGCAAGUGGAUGCGAGUAUCAAGGCCUUAUAUCGUUUAAUGGCCAAAUGCGAGGAAGUCAACAAAAACAUGGGCCCGAUUCAUCAAAUGGCCGCGGAAAUAAAAGAGACAAAGCGGCUCUUGGAUUUGUUUGAAGCCGAAGUCAAUCAAGGAUUGUGAUACAUGAAACAAACUAAUUAUUAUUUUUACCAAAUUAACUAUCCAUUCCCCCCCCCCCUGAAAUCUGAGUUUUUGAGGCGUUAAAGAAUUACCAUGCACUGAGAAACUCAAUAUUUACAUACCAU